AACAGCAAUAUAUAAUAAACAAUUAAAAAAUCAACAAUAAGGGAGUGGUUAGAUAAAUUAAGGUAGGGCUGAAUCUAAUUCUCCUGGGCCUGGCCCAUAGGAAGUAUUUAAUACUUAUUAAAUGAAUGGUAUACCACCGUGUUGCAAUAUUAUUUAAUCAGGUGCAUGUGAAAUCAGGUUAAGGGAAAAAUAACUUUCACAAAACAUAGGAAUUACAUCUAUAGAAAACCUAUGCUGCCGGGCGCGGUGGCUCAGCCUGUAGUCCCAGCACUUUGGGAGGCGGAGGCGGGAGGAUCGCUUGAACCCAGGAGUUCCGAGGCCAGCCCGGGCAACACAGACAGACCCCAGUCUCUACAAAAACUAUAUUUAAAAAAUUAGCUGGGCGUGGUGGUGCGAGCCUGUAAUUCCAGCUACUUGAGGCCAGGGAGGUCGAGGCUGCAGUAAGCCAUGAUCGCGCCACUGCAUUCCUGCCUGGGGGACAGAGACCCUGUCUGAGAAAUGAAGGAAAGGGGAAUGGUAGGGGGAAGGGGAAGGGGAAGGGAAAUAAAAGAAAACCUAUGGAGGCACGUUAAUAAUCAGAAGGGGCCAGAGGAAGCCACCUGACACAUUUGUGAGACAAUUUAAAAGGCGUCCUCAUACAUUCUCACUUUGAUACAACAACCCUGCAAAGUGCGCACGGAAGGUGUUAUUAACUCCGUUUUACAGGUAAGGAGAUCGACCCACUGAGGUCAGGAGUGACUGACCAAGGCGGAGCCAGGACUCUAGCCCCGGCCUCCCGGCCACUGGUCCCGGUCUCCUUCCCCGCCACCACUCGGCCACCGUCAUUGGUGUUCAGAGUUUCGGUUCCCUUUUCUUUGAUCGUAUUACUUAUGCAAAACGAGCCCAGUCACUUGCGCCGCCAGAGAGGGGCAGGUGCUGGGCGGCGGCUGACGGGCGCAGCACCCUAGGCCCAGUGUCUGGCUCCAGCCCCGCAUCCGGCGCCGGCCCCGCAUCCGGCUCUGACUCUGCGACAAUAGAGUCCGGAAGUGCAGGCAAAGCGGCUCCCGGGAGCGCCGCGCGGUCCCGCGCAGUAUCAGCUAGGGCCGCGCCCCGGCGGGCGGGCGGUAUGGCUGCAGUGCUGGCUCUCAGGGUGGUCGCGGGGUUGGCGGCCGCAGCGCUGGUGGCCAUGCUCUUGGAGCACUACGGCCUGGCAGGCCAGCCCUCGCCGCUGCCGCGCCCCGCGCCCCCCAGGAGGCCGCACCCCGCGCCAGGUCCCGGAGACAGCAACAUCUUCUGGGGCCUGCAGAUAUCCGACAUUCACCUGAGCAGGUUUCGAGAUCCAGGCAGAGCGGUAGACUUAGAGAAAUUCUGUUCUGAAACUAUUGACAUCAUUCAACCAGCUCUCGUCCUAGCAACAGGAGACCUGACAGAUGCCAAAACAAAGGAACAGUUGGGAUCCAGGCAGCAUGAGGUAGAAUGGCAAACCUACCAGGGUAUUCUGAAGAAGACAAGAGUCAUGGAAAAAACCAAGUGGCUGGAUAUCAAAGGAAAUCAUGAUGCAUUCAAUAUUCCAAGUCUGGACAGCGUCAAGAAUUAUUACAGGAAAUAUUCUGCUGUACGUAGAGAUGGCUCUUUCCAUUAUGUCCACAGUACUCCCUUUGGCAACUAUUCGUUCAUCUGUGUAGAUGCCACUGUAAAUCCAGGGCCUAAGAGACCCUAUAAUUUCUUUGGAAUUUUAGAUAAGAAAAAGAUGGAGGAGCUCUUAUUACUGGCCAAGGAAAGCAGUCAGAGCAACCAUACAAUUUGGUUUGGACACUUUACAACAUCCACUAUUCUUUCUCCAUCACCAGGAAUCCGGUCAAUAAUGAGUUCGGCUAUAGCUUAUUUGUGUGGACAUCUCCAUACACUUGGUGGACUGAUGCCUGUUUUGCACACUCGUCACUUCCAGGGCACUUUGGAACUUGAGGUGGGAGACUGGAAGGAUAACAGGAGGUACCGGAUUUUUGCUUUUGAUCAUGACCUCUUUAGCUUUGCAGAUUUGAUCUUUGGCAAGUGGCCUGUGGUUCUUAUCACCAAUCCUAAAUCACUCCUUUAUAGUUGUGGUAAACAUGAACCACUAGAAAGACUUCUUCACUCAACACACAUCCGGAGCUGCCAUACUGUUUUCCAUGGUGGCUGCACCAUUUUACACUCCCACCAGCAGUGUAUCAGAGUCUUGGCCUUUUCCUUAUCCUCCAUUACUUCUGUCACAGUUAAGAUUGAUGGAGUUCAUUUAGGCCAGGCUGUUCAUGUGUCUGGUCCCAUUUUUGUACUGAAGUGGAAUCCUAGAAACUACAAUAGUGGGACACAUAACAUAGAAGUAAUCGUCCAGGAUUCUGCUGGAAGAAGUAAGAGUGUUCACCACAUAUUUUCUUUUCAAGAGAAUAAUCAUCUCAGUUUUGAUCCCCUGGCAUCAUUUAUUCUCCGUACUGAUCACUACAUCAUGGCCCGGGUCCUUUUUGUGCUGAUUGUGCUGAGCCAGCUCACCAUUCUCAUUAUUUUUAGAUAUCGAGGAUACCCAGAGCUUAAAGAACCUUCAGGGUUUAUAAAUCUGUCCUCAUUUUCUCUUCAUGUCUUGAGCAAAAUAAACAUCUUCUACUAUUCUGUGUUGUUGUUGACCCUGUAUACAGUGCUGGGUCCAUGGUUUUUUGGUGAAAUCAUUGAUGGCAAAUUGGGUUGCUGCUUUUCCUUUGGGAUAUUUGUUAAUGGACAUUUCCUACAAGGCAGCAUAACAUUUAUAAUUGGAAUUCUCCAGCUGGCGUUUUUUAACAUCCCCUUGAUGGCUUACAUGUGUUGGAGCUUGCUGCAGCGGUGCUUUGGUCACAACUUCAGGUCUCAUCUCCAUCAAAGAAAAUACUUGAAAAUUAUGCCUGUUCACCUACUUAUGCUACUGCUGUACAUCUGGCAGGUUUAUUCCUGCUACUUUCUUUAUGCGACAUACGGCACCCUCGCUUUUUUAUUCUCCCCUUUGCGGACCUGGUUGACACUGCUGACACCUGUUCUCAUUUGCUGUGUGUGGACACUGAACUCCACCAAGUUUGGAAUCUUCAUGGUGCAGUUAAAAAGCCACCUGAGCUCCUGAAGGCCAUGUCUCCCCACUGGCAGCUGGGCAGAAGCCCAGCCUCUGUGUCUGUAGCCCAGGCCUCUACCCCAGUAGCAGGUGGAGGGCCAGGAUUGGUGGGUGAGCUUUAGGGAGCAGCUGCUCGUUUGGACUCCUGGAUGUUGGAGGGAUUACCCACUACUGAUACCUGCAGAAUGGACUGCAGAAAAGUCUCAAAAAUAAUGCCUUUAUUCCUUCCCUCCCUGAGGAGGCAAAGAGUUGAUUUACCUUUGUGAAGAGAAAACCCUUAUCUACGACACCCACAGGGUAGGGGUUGGGUGUGUGUACGGGAGUGUCUGAGGCCCAGUGUGUUUUUUAGGGUUACCCCAUGUAAAGCACUUACCGCUGUGCUUGGAAUUCAGCAGCUGUCAAAGGUGCAAUUUCAGGGGCAGGGAACCUUUGAGGAUCUGGGCCCGACCCUGACUACCCCUGAGAUAUUAGUUCCCAGGCCUGUUUUCCCACAGGAUUGUGGGCUCUCUACUUCCUUAGUCGGAAGUGUUUUCAACUAAUCAAAUAAAUGAAUGAAUGAUGAAUAAGAAA